ACAAAGCGCCCAAGCAAUUCAUACACGGACAAGCAAAGGCAUCUUUUUAUUUGGUUACUUGAAGAAAAGUUGUUGACCGCCGUAGCAGCAGCUCGUGAAGUCGGUGUUAACACACGUACUGGGCAAUCAUGGGCCAAGACAUGCAGAGACGAUCCUGAGAAGAAGGUUCCUAUGCCAAAAACAGAUAAAAAACGCGGUCCUAAACCUACCUUACUAGCAACAGAUCACAAAAGCCACAUCAUUAAUUACAUCGACGAAAAUGCAACAGCAAUCGUCAGCGACGUCAUGGACAGUUUAACAAAUGCAUUCAUGGACCUGAAGCUCACAAAAUCGUCAGUACAACAAUUUAUGACAAACGAAUGCAACUUCUCUUUUAAGAAAGUACAGCUACACGCAGUCAAGCGAAAUAGGCCAGAAACCAUUCAACAGAGAUACGACUGGGCAAUAAGAUACCAAGGCACGGCCAUGAACUUCCUUACGAAUUGCGUUUUUAUUGAUGAGACUGCCUUCCACAUCCACUUGAAAAGAAGCUAC